AUGAGUUUUGUAGCAUGGAAUUGCCGAGGCCUGGGAAACCUGCGUGUAAUUCCUAAAAUCAAAUUCCUUGUUCGGUAUUAUAAACCGGAUAUCAUUUUCCUUUCUGAAACAAUUAUUCAAGUUAAUAAAAUUGAGGAAUUUCGAUACUUGUUGGGCUAUGAUUCUUGCUUUGCUCCUGAUAGAGUUGGUAGAGGAGGGGGUGUUGCUUUAUUUUGGCGUAAUACAAUAAAUUGUAGUAUUGUCAACUACUCUUCGAACCAUAUUAGUGCUAAAAUUGAAGAAAGUAAUGGGCAUUGGAUUUUUACUGGUUUUUAUGGCUAUCCGGAAGCUAGUAGAAGAAGAGACUCUUGGAAUUUUCUUCGUCGUCUUGCAAGCAAUAUUAAUUUACCUUGGUGUCUAAUGGGGGAUUUUAAUGACAUUCUUCAUGCCGACGAAAAAAAGGGAAGAGCCACUAGACCUAAUUGGCUCAUUAGAGGCUUUAGGCAAGCUGUUCAAGAUGCUAACCUAGUAGAUGUACACAUGGAAGGGUAUCCGUUCACCUGGUUCAAAAGCUUGGGUACUCCUCGUGCUGUAGAAGAAAAGCUGGAUAGGGCUCUAGCGACUAAUUCUUGGAUGCAUCUGUUUCCCAAUGCUAAGCUGGAAAAUUUGGUUGCUCCUUCUUCUGAUCAUUUCCCAAUUUUAUUGGAUAGAACACCUGUAGUAAGACCUCAUAGAAGCAAAAGGUCUUUCAAGUUUGAAAAUGCUUGGAGAAUAGAAGAUGGUCUUAACGAGGUGGUCCACAACAGUUGGCUCCGGAGUGCUGGAGAUGGUGUUAUAAAUAAAUUAGCCACAUGUGCCGAAGAUUUGAUGCAGUGGAACUAA